AUGGCCGAACUUUUCAUCGUCGGACAACUGUGUAGUGCCGAACGGUUUCCUGCCAAGAGUCUAUUUUGCAAGUGGAGCAUUCACGCCGGUAGGUAUUAUAUAUUAUUAAUUAUACGAGUAAAUUUUCAGUUAUUUUUAGGUAACCGAACUGAAAGUUCAAAAUACGGUUGCAUCCGAAAACCGCACACAUAUGGUUUCUAUCCAAAAAAAGGUCGGUAGACAAAACCGCAAGCUUCAUUUGUUGAUAGGUAGGUACAUUGUGUAGCCAAAUACCGCACACUUAUAGUAGCGUAAAACUGUACGCUAAUGUCUCGUGUAUGGACGCAUUAUUGUAUUUAUUUGUUAUGCGUACAAAAGCUUAUCUUACUGUUGGUUGGUACCAGGCGAACUAUGAUUAAAUUAGAUUAGUAUUUCAAAUAAAUUUAACAAUUUAUUGAUGAUAAAUGGUCAAACCAACAAUAAGUAUUUUUCCAGCACAGUUUUCGACUGAAACAAAAACGAGUUAGUUAAUGGGCACAUUUUAAUAUUAGUAAUAUAUCAUUUUUUUUUUUUCUAUUGUGUUUAAUUUUAGGAACACUUGUUUAAAUGUUGGAAGAGUUUUCGUAGGACGAAGAUCGUUUAAAAUUUCUAAAAUACAUCGGCUAUUGCCGCUAGCUUAAAAUUUUGAUAAUAUUUUUAUACGAUUUUAUAUUAAUCUUUAACAACACUAAUUAAGAUACAAUUAUAAUAUUUGAUAUUUUAUUUUAUAUAUUUUAGAUUAACUAUUUAUAAAUAAUAGACUAUGCAUUAUUAUAAAAAGUGCGAUUUUUAGGUAUGACAAUUCAAAAAAGUGUGCGGUUUAACCUGCCAAAAGUGUGCGAUUUUGUCCUGUAUUUUAUCACUAGUGUGUGGUUUUCGGAUUCACCGCAAAAUAUUACAAGGUAAAGGACCGAUGUUGCAUGUAAAUAGAUAGUAUAAUUGGUUCAAUAACUAGACCAUAAUUUUUUGUGGGAUCGUUAAGCACGACCGUUAGGUCGUAAGCCUCCCCUCUACGUCAAGGUAGUUCCCAUUGGAAGGGAACCUAACAUAAUCUAUAAACUUUCAGUGAUAUUGUAGAAGAUGAAAUCACCAAAAUUCAACGUAACGACCAUCAAGUAUCGAAAACAUAGUUAAAACAUUAACAAACAUAAUAACCUCAGUAUCAGAAAUAUUAACCUGCAGUAGUUUUAUAAACUACAAUAAUAAACCCAAGUUUCCCUGAUGGAACAACGAGACAAUAGACCUAUACGCAAUAAAAAUAAUGCCCUAAACAAAACCUCCCAAUCAAGUCAAAUUCCUAAUAAAAAAAAAAGUAAAAGAAACUCAUGGAAAGAGCUUACAUCAAGCAUUAACUCUAAAACUACAUCACCCAAGAUAUGGAAAUAAAAUCCAUUCAUUAAAUGAUCUUAACAGAAAUCAAGAAAUACACAUAACAGAUGCUCAGGGAACAAUUUCAAUUCCUGAUGAAAUUUCCGAAAAAAUUGAUACAUACUUUUAAGCAAAUUUCAACAAUAAAAUGUAUAAACAAGAAUUUAUAAACGAAAUAAAAAGUUCAACCGAAAAUAUACCAUUAAACGCAAAAAUAAACUUAAAUAUAAGUAAACAAAUCGACCUAAACUCAAACAUAACACUUAAUGAAAUGUAAAAUGUACUUGAAAAAUACAACCUAUUACACUUCUAAGUACAAUAGCAAAAAUUAUAGAAAAAAGUCAUAAAUAAAAGACUAAUAUAGGUUAUGUAAAAAAAGGAAAUACUAUUCACUUACCUAAUAGUAAAUAUUUUAUUUGGCUUUAUCAGUGUUCAAAUUAGAUAAAAUUUGAACUAUUAUUACGUAUAAAAGAUCAUAAAAUAUUGCGACAGAGAUCGCGAGAUACUAACUGGCCAACAAAUAUAUUAAAUAAUAGGUAUUAAAGAAAUUAUACUAUGUAUAAUAUAAUAUAGCUAUAUCAUGCAAAUAUCAUGUUUGAAUAUUCAUAAAAUAAUUCUUUAUUUUAAAAUUUUUUUGGAAUUCGGUUAAAAAAUAUCAUAAAGACCUAAUUAUCUGAACUUAUAUUUUCAUUUUUUAGAUGUAAUCAAAGUUUCGAAACUUUUGUCCAUUUUUUAAUUAUUUAGGUAUUUGACAUUUUUGAGUUUUUAGUUAUUAGGUAUUUCAAGACAUUCACAACCGAACUAUUUCAUUAGCAAUGAUUCAUUGUUGCGUACAGAUAUAAAUAAAUAAUCUCAUCAUGUAUCCUAAACAAAAGUGGCACACUCAUCAGCAAUAUCAGCUCUUUUCUUUAGUUAUAUCAUGUUUUACUUUCAAAAUAUCUUUAAUAUGAUGUGUAUCGUAUGUUUGCGUUAUUUAGGCACUAACUGGAAAAUAAUAUCUGGUCACAAAGAAGGACAGACUCAAGUAGAUUCACCAUCUUACGACAACCGUACUUGGUGGUGUCAUCCUAUCGACAUCCAUUUUGCGUCCAAAGGAAUUCAAGGUAAUUAUAAAAUACAUAGUUUAUACAGUAUACUUACAAACUACAGUCUACACCUAUUUACACAUUUCUAUAAAAUAGUUAUACGUAUUUCAUACACAUUAUUUUUAAUAAUUUGCUAACGUUUUAUCAAUUUAACGUCUCAAUAUUUUUGACGUGGGCAUUCGAACAAAUUUGUCAGUCAUCCUUAUAUCGUUAGUCAUUGUUGGGAAGGUCAAACCAUUUCCUGGGUUUUAGAUUUUGAGCAGAGUGAGGAAUGUAUUAAUUUUACAGUGAUGUUUAUUUUAUAUUUUUUUUCUACCAGAAAAUUUAACUGGAGUGGUACUUUAAGAUCAUUUUUGGUUUUCCCAGGGUUUCGUAAUAAUGGGAAAAAUCGGGAAAAAACAUAGGAAAGAAGAAAAUCGUAAAUAUUACGACUUUUCAAAACAUGUACAAUCGAACUUUGCUCAGAAUCAUUUUUCUUUAGCAAUGGUUAAUAUUUAUUAAUGUUAUUUAUACAGUUAUACAAUUUUCUCUCUACCUUCCCAACUUCUCAUCUACAACAGUUUUUUUUUUUAUACAUAAACAUAUUUUAAAAGAAAACAUAGGACGUUGGAAAAUAAUCAGAAAACGUCAAAAAGAUAGUCAAUGAAAUGUCAAAAUAGUCUCAUCGUCACCUUGUUGGCUUGUCGUUAACUUGAUUAACUUUGUAUUGUUUUUCCGCGUGCAUCAGGUUGGCCCAAGUUUCACGUUCAAGUGUACCACUACGAUAGUUAUGGACGCAGCGAGAUUUACGGUUAUGGAUUUUGCUACGUGCCGACCACGCCGGGAACACAUACCGUAGAUUGUCAUACUUGGCGGCCGAUCGGUGAGUAAUACAUUUUAAUUUGAUUACUAUUACUAGUAGCUAUCAUUAGCUGCCAUUAUCCGGGUUUGGUUAUCCAAAAACAAAUCUACUUAGGAUAUACUGUACAUAUUACACAAAAAAUGAUAGAUGUAAUACACAUCUAUAUUUUUGAGGCCAUAAUUUCCUUGUUUUAUAAUUAAUAUUCUUCAGAUUCAAAAAUGUCAGGAAAUACUCUUCUGAUCAAAUCCUUAGCAAAGUAGUACAUACCUAGUUACUAGGUGGUAACGAGUUAUAAAGUUACAAAAAGGUGACAAAGUUUAAAAAAAAUCAGUAACUUUAUAAUUUCUAAGUUAAUUUUAGUUUUCUUGUAAUUUUUAAUUUAACUAGUUACUUUUCAUGUGUAUACCUAUGAGAAUAACUCAACGAGUUACUUUUUAUUUGAAUCAAAAAAGUUACAAGUUAGUUAUUAUCAUUUUGUCACCGAUAUCUUGCAAAUCAGAAUUUUGUUCCCGAAGGAUAUUGAUAUUAUUUACCUAUCAUAAUACAUAAAAAAAAAUAAUAUAUUUAUCAAGGUAUAUCAAUAAACCUUGAUUUCUACAUAAUACAAUGUGAUAUCAUUUUGGCAACUGGCUGUAACUGCUGUUAUUAUGGAAAAAUUGUUUCUAACAUCAAUUCAUGAAAGUUAUUUUAUUCCUCCAAAAACCGACCAUCUGAUGAAAAACAUUACUAUUAUAAUUCAAUAAAUAUUUUCAAUAAAAAGAAAUUUAAAAAGUAACUUUAGCUUGUAAAAUUUUGAUUACUAACUAGUAACUUAAAUAGUUACUUUGUUUAUUUAGGAACUUAUACCUUAACGAAGUUACUUAAUUAAGGAAAGUAGCUGCAACUUACUCAGUUAAUUAUGUUGAGCAACUUGUCCAACUUGGCCUAGUUAAACCUAUAUUUCCGUUACAAUCCGUAACCAUUUUCAAUCACUCACGACUGUAUUCUAUCAUCAUCCAUCGGAACAUUGAAAAUUAUUUUUAUUUUCCUAUUUACAACUCAAUUAACUAAAUCAACAUCAAUAACCAUAAAUAUAAUGCAAUUUUCGCAUUAUAAAGACAAAAUACAUACGUGAGCCGUCCUUGGCUCACAUAUGGGACAAAUUCCUGGAUAAAAAGUAGACAGUGACCUUAUCUGUUUAUUUAAGAUCAAGUGUUCCAAAUUGAAUCGACAAGUAACAGGUUUGCAAAUUUUCGAUGAAUAUUAUUAUUGUUAUUAUGAAAGUAAAACAGAGUAUAAAUUAUAGAAUAUGAUUUUGGGCUUUAAGUGAUGAUUCGUUACGGCGUGGCGAUGAGUGAGGAGUGAGGACGAUCAAACGGCUUUGGACGGUAGCCGGUAGGUACUUAACAUAUCAUAUAUUUUCGCAGGCAAUCUCAGGGACGAAUUCCGCCGGUUCUUCCUCGGGGGUGGUGCCCAGCUGAAAACUCCGGAUUUCGUGUAUUGCGGUACAGAUCGGUAUCGGUUGCACACGGAAGCGCUGGGCACGGUCCGUUUCCGUUUAAACGUGAUUGCCCGGAACUUUCGUCGGUACGGAGUGGAGCUGUGA